CCGGGCUGGGCAGCAGCCAAGGUUGGUCGAGGUUGUAGCCCGAAGCGUCCUGCAGCACUUUAUUCCGUAAAUUGAAUGGUAACCUGGACGUUAGGCUUAGCCCAGCACGCAUCAGAGGAAGAGCAGAACUUGCGCAAGCACAUGCUCUUCAGCAGCAUCGACCGCCACCGGCAACCAGCGCCAACAAGAUCACCAUGCUCGCAGCAACGCGACGGUGGCUCAGGCGCAACCGCACGACCAUUGCCAUCGGCGUGGGCAUCGUCGGCGCCGGUUACAUCGUGACCAGCUAUGUGCUGGACAAGCUGCGCGAUGCGCGCGAGCGCAUGAGCAGCGACCGCAUUGCGAAGGAGAACCUGCGUCGCCGCUUCGAGCAGAACCAGGAGGACUGCACCUUCACCGUUCUCGCCCUGCUACCCACCGCCACCGCGAACAUCCUGGAGGCUAUGAACACCGAGAAGAUCUCCCUCGAGAUCCAGCAGAUUAAGGGCUCGGCUGCGACUAGAAUCCGCAGUGUUGGCUCCACCAGCCCGCCCAGCAUGUCCGAGACCAACGCGACCGACGACGACGGACGCAGCAUCAUCAGCGUGAGCGCCCACAGCGAGGCCGGUGUGCACACGACGCAGAUCUCGGUGGCAACCCCGCUCGCCAGCGCUGGCCCGGCUAGCGGGGCUACCGAGACGACGGAUACUCCGCGGCAGGCCACAGCGACGCCGACGAAGCCGCGGAAGACCAAGAGGCAGCUGUGGGACGAUCUGACGAUAAGCGCAAUCACAAGAGCAUACACCCUCCUUUACACCCUCGGUCUGCUCACGAUGCUGACCAGGAUACAACUCAACUUGCUCGGGCGCCGUAGCUACCUCUCCAGUGUCGUCUCUCUCGCAGCUGGCGGCGCGCCAGGCACAAUCAGCCUAGAAAACAACGAUGACGACAGCCCCGAACAUGCCUACGGCACCGACUUCGAAGUCAACCGCAAGUACCUGACCUUCAGCUGGUGGCUGCUCAACCGCGGCUGGGCCGACGUUGGGCAGCGCGUCGAGAGCGCCGUCCGCCAGGUCUUUGGCCACCUCAGCCCGCGCGACACAGUCACGCUCGACACCUUUACCCAGCUUACGCGCCGCAUGCGCAGCCUCAUAGAGGGCAACGCCCCGUCAAGCGGUGCCGGGACCGCCUGGCUGCCCUUCCUGCUCCCGCCGCCUGACAUGGAAGAAUCGGUCCUCCGCGAGUCGGGCGUCCUCGACCCAGUCCCCGCCGACCCAGAAGGCCGCCACUCCCCAACACUAACCCCUUCCGUGCCCUCAACCACCUCUUUCUCCCCAGCAUCCGACCCAUCCCCAUCCGCAGCCUCCCUCCGCCGCCUCCUCGACGAAACCUCGGACCUGAUCGACUCGCCCGCCUUCUCCCACGUGCUCACCCAGCUCCUCGACGCCGGCUUCUCCCUGCUGCUCGAGCAGAAGCUGGUCUCGGCCGUGUUCGACAGCAGCAGCAGCAGCAGCGCGGCGGGCCCGGCGGCCGGCAGCGACUCCGCCCUCGGCGGCGUCAGCCGCGCCGUGCAGCUGCCCAAGAUCCUCAGCGUGCUGACCCGCCAGGCGCACGCCAUCGGCCACGGCGACAUGCCCAACGAGUACCUGCAGGCUAUGGAGGCCGUGGCCGACCUCGAGGGCUUCGCCGCCGUCGUGUACUCGAGCAACUGGCAGGCCGAGAUCGAGCAGACGCAGCAGGAGGAGGAGAUCGAGAGAGCGGGGUCGCGGCAGGUCCAGCGCCCGGCUCAUCGCGGUGAAACUGCCCGGAGGGGAGGACAAGAUCUCCCGGCGCAAAGCCAGGGCCAGGGACAGGGGGAGUCGAGUAUAGUCAUGGUGGAUCGCCCAGGCGGCGGCGAGAGUGAGGUAGAUGCGCAGUCGAGCUUGUUUGAAAGUGUCUGGGAGAAGGCGAGUGGCGGAAACUGAGGUAACAUUUUUUGGUCUUGUCUGUCUUAAAGCUCUUCCUUCCCGUUAGCUGUCUGUAUAUGUGUGUACGAUCAACCGAGCAAUGAGCGAGCUUUGGCUUGGGGAGUCAGGAGCGGACAUGGCGGGCGGGUCGGUAAA